AUGCUCCGGCGACUGGGCCACGCGGCGGACGUGGCCAACGAUGGACUCGAAGCCGUAGACGCGUGGCGCAAGAAGAAAUAUGACCUCAUCUUUAUGGACCUGCAGAUGCCCAAGAUGGACGGGCUGGCAGCUACGCGCGUGAUUUUGGCGUCGUGCGAGGAGGAGGACCGCGGCCUGGUCACGCCACCGCCCUCGCCCUCGCUGCCGCUCGCCACCUCGGCCUACCUGGCCUCGUCACGCUCGCCCUCGCCCUCGCUCCCGCGCUUCUCCGCCGCCGCCCUCCGUCUCUCCUCCUCCUCUCCGGCCUCCUCUUCCACCACCUCUCCACUCCACCACCAGCUCCACCAUCUCGUCGCCCUCAUCGCCAACCACACCAUCACCAUCAUCAUCAACAUCACCACCAUCAUCUCCACCAUCAUUACCAUCACCAUCAUCAUCAUCGCCAUCAUCACCGUCAUCGGCGUCGUCGGAGUCGGUGGGGUGAAGCGACCACAGAUCAUCGCGGUGACGGCCAACGUGUACGAGAGCGACCGGGAGGCCUGCGCCGAGGUGGGCAUGGUCGACUUCCUGGGCAAGCCGCUCCUCAAGUCCAGCCUCGAGCGCUGCCUGCGCCGCGCGCGCCACCGGCUCGCCGAGGAGCGACGACCCGGGUCCCUCGCGGGCCGGGACGCCAGGUCUGCCGUCUACCUCGAGCCGUUGAACGCACGUGAGCAUGGCAUAGUGACGUGGGAGGAGAUCAACACCAUGUUCUCCAACAUUGAGGACAUUUGGACGCUCAGCAAGGCCUUCCUGGAAAAGCUGGAGCAGCGCGCGCGCAGCUGGCAGGACAAGGAAACUGACGAGGGUCACUCGGAUCCCAUCAUUUCUGAUAUCCUCAUCGAAACGUUCCCCAUGAUGCGCAUCUACUACCCCUAUUGCUACAACCGAGACCAGGCCUCCGCUCUACGCCGCCAACUCGUGCGCACCAAUCCUCUGUGGCAGAGCUUCGUUCGGCUGUGUCAAAAUCGGCCCGAGUGCAACAACCUGGACUUGGCGGCGUUUUUGAUCAUGCCCGUGCAACGAAUCCCUCGCUAUCAGCUACUGCUCAAGGAGCUCAUCAAAUACACAUCCGAGGGGCACGUUGACAAGGAGGGCGUAACUGUGGCGCUUUCCAUCAUUGCGUCCAUCGCCAAGGAAAUUGACAGGUAUACCUGCGCGGUGCCACAGCCCUCCCUGAGCACUACGACUAGUGGAGCCUUUGGCGGCGGCAGUGGCAACGACGGCGCAUAG